UGUUCUUCAGGUGAGUAUUUUGGUUUCUGGAUUGGAUUCAUCAAACCAUCAGUAAAAUAAAAGCAGUUCUGGGUUUGUUAAAUCAACAUUUGCUGAUUCUGCCUUCUUCAGGUGAGCAUUUCGUAGAUGUACCUGUCCCUUUAAGAAGUGGCCUACCAGGUUUUAAUACAAUUGCGGGUGGAGCUGCUCUACUUGGUUUUGAUCUCAUAUCUUCGGCUUAUCACGUUCGUUUAAUAUUUCUCCACUCUCCACAGUUUGUGAGGCGCCUGAGACGCGCUUCGGCGUUGGCCCUCAGACUUCAAACGCUUUCAUGCAGCCUUCAGUGACUGGAGACAAAGGAGGAGAAACUCCUGCGCGAAGAUGCGUUUAGUGUAAUAAACAAGCGCGCUAAAUGGACCCGGAUUGGAAAGGCUGGGGUAUAAUGAGGAUCAGGAGUUAAUCCGGCUGUGAUCCGCUCCCUUUCAUCUGCACGUUAUCUGCCGAUGGAUGGUGGCCUGUCUUGAGUGGAUGAUGUCGCUCUCCGUCGAUUGAUUGCAUCAAUGCAUUGAUGACGACUCUUCUCAGGUACUUGAGGGGAACGCGCGAGGUGCUCAGACUCGCUGGCGCCUGGAUAUCACAAGUACGACCAAACGUGUGAACAAGCCCAUUGCGACAUCCAUUAACUUCAAUUACGGAGUUAUAAUUCCGCCGAGAGUAUCUAUACUCAUGCAAAUGAGCAGAGAAGCUCCUAUAAAGUCGGGACGCUGGCUAGAAGGGCCGCAGAGGACCAGAUUAUUAGGAAACGCCAUGUUCAAGAAGUUCUCCGUGGAGUGGCUGUCUCAGAGCUUCCACGCUCCAGAUGCAGAGCGAGAGAAAUGCGUCGAAUUGAGUCCAAGCUCUCCCGAUGUCCCUCAAGCGUCUCGGGAGAGGCUGGGAGAAGGAGACGCCAAGGCCCCGUCUUCUCCUGCGAACAGCUGCGGCUACUCCUCGGCCUCCGAGAGCGAAGAGAGCGACGAGAGCGAAGGAGAGCCCGCGGCGCAGCGGCGCGUCAGGACCAAGUUCAGCUCGGAGCAGAUCUCGCGUCUGGAGAAGACCUUCAGCAAACACAAGUACCUGGGCGCGAGCCAGAGGCGCAGGACGGCGGAGAAGCUGCAGCUGUCUGAAACACAGGUGAAAACGUGGUUCCAGAACAGACGGAUGAAGCUGAAGCGGGAAGUCCAGGACGCGCGCGCCGCCGAGUUUUUUGUCCCGAGGGCGCUUCCGUCGGUGACGUCAUUUCAGCUGCACGCUGUGAGUGGACAGCGCGCGUGCCUCUAUUUCCCGCCACAGAUUCCCGCGCGACAAAUCCCGCCAACCAUGCUGUUCCCGCCCUGCUACUUUUAAACCGCUUUUUUCCUCUCUUUCUUUUUUUUUUUUUUUAAAAAUUGUAUAAUAUUUGUAAUCUAGUAUUUAGAUCUAAUAUAAAAAUGUAUAAAAUAAAAUCCCUAAAACAAGGGUUUUAAUAAGCAGAUAUAUAGAAGCAAGCACUGUAUAGUUCUAAAAUUGUGUAUGUGUGUACAUAAAAAAAGUCUU